CAGAAAGUUAAUAAUUCCUGUUCGUCUGUCACAGUGGUUUAAAAUGUGAAUGAUUUGAAAACACUCCAAAGAUCACAACGACCAGAAUCCAGCUAUGUCACAAUACUUAUCGCUCCUGCUGGACUGCCCUGUGGUGAUCGCUGCCAUUUUUAUCACUGGCAUUGGAGGAACGUUCCAGUAUGGAUUCAGUGUUUCUGUGUUGACCUCCCCCUCUGAGUUUAUAAAGGACCUGGUGAACAGGACCUGUCUGCAAAGAUAUGGCAUCUCGCUGGACAAGGGGCAGGUGUCUCUCAUCUGGUCCUUCACUGUCUCUAUUUUCUGCAUUGGGGGGUUACUGGGGGCACUGGUGGCCGGGCCGUUGAUGUCGAAAUAUGGCAGAAAACAAUGUCUCCUGUUCAACAAUUUUACGGCUAUUUCCGGAGCUCUGUUGAUGAUCCUCAGCCAGAAAUUCAUGUCCUUUGAGAUGAUCAUGGUGGGACGAUUACUCUACGGCAUUAAUGCAGGAGUGAGUCUCUCGGCUCACACCAUGUACCUUGUUGAAUGCGCCCCCAAGAAGCUGCGAGGGAUGGUGGGAGUGACCGUCGGCACCUUUGUCUCCUUCGGCAAGUUCAGUGGUCAGCUGCUGGGGAUCAGCGAGUUACUUGGAACAGAGAAGAGGUGGCCCUGGCUGCUCGGUUUCAACGGUUUCACUGCGUUACUCCAGCUCGCCACCCUGCCCUUCCUGCCGGAGUCUCCCAGCUUCCUGCUCCUGAACAGAGGCGACCGUGAGGCCUGCAACAAAGCUCUAAAGAGGCUUUGGGGCGAUAAGGACUACACCUGGGAGGUGGAUGAGAUGAUGAAGGAGAAAGCUGCCAUCCAGGGUGUCCGCAACCAUUCAGUGAUGGAGCUGAUUCAGAACAAAAAUGUCCGCUGGCAGCUGAUCACCAUCCUCAUUACCUUCACUGGACUUCAGCUCUGUGGCAUCAAUGCAGUCUACUUUUAUUCUUUUGAUGUGUUUCGUGCGGCAGGAAUUCAAGAAGGGCAGUUACGUUACGCUGCUUUGGGAACGGGGCUGUGUGAGGUGUGCACCUCCAUCGCCUGCUUCAUGUUUAUUGAGAGCACCGGGAAGAAAGUGCUGCUGUAUAGAGGAUACCUGGCGAUGUCAGUGACGCUGGUUCUCCUCACCAUCACUCUGUUCCUGCAAACUCACAUCUCCUGGAUGCCGUACUGCAGCAUGCUCCUCAUUUUCCUCUUCAUCUUUUGUUUCGCCAGUGGACCAUCUGGAAUAAUAGCUCCUCUUCCAGGGGAACUCUUCACCCAGCCAUUUAAAUCAGCUGCAUACACCCUCGCCUGCACUCUCAACUGGACAGGCCUGUUUCUGCUGGGGAUGCUCUUCCCUGUCUUAGUGGACUAUAUGGGUUACUUUUGCUUCCUCAUCUUCCUGUUCUGCUGCACCGGCUGUGGCCUGUUUGUGUGGUUCAAUGUCCCAGAGACCAGGCACAAGACAGCGCUGGAAAUCGCCGCAGACUUCGACAGGAUGCAUCGCAAAUCUGGGGAAGCAAAGAAACAAUCCACAGAGCAGGACCUCAACGUGGUCAAAUCCCACGAGACCAAAUUCUGAUCCUAUUCACCAAGCAUAACAGUUUAAAUUGCAUUCUUGAGUUUUUACAUGUGUGUUUAAGAGAAUGUGUGUUGUUAUUCUAGUACUACUUUGAAAAGUGGUCAUUGGUGUAGAGACCUUUCAUCUUUGUCCUUUUAGUUAAAAGCAGCUUCAGCUUUGGCCCUGGACAUUAUCAGUGGUGUGUGUGUUUGUGUGUGUGUGUGGGUGGGUGUGUGGGUGGGUGUGUAUGUGGGUGUGUGUUUGACGUCAGGCAUCAGAACAUCUACUGAACAGUUACAUGCUGCACAGGGUGGGGGUGGGGGGGGCACUUUUGCAUUGUGUGUGUUUAUCUAUAAGAAACUUGUGUGGUGAACAUUCACUUUUUAUGAGGGACUUGAUAUUUCUUCUGACACGAAUAUUGGGCUUUUUGUACUGUAUCCUGAUCUCAUAAAACAUAAUGAAUUAAAGUACAUACAGUACAGUGAAGUAUUAAAAAGCAUCUGCAUCAAUGAUAUGCUAUACUGUGAUUAAUUUAGCUCUGACACAAGUGUUUCUGCUUUUGUGUUACUAAUAUAUAGUAUGGGUAUAUUAUGCAA